CAAAGUUACAUGAUUUUACGAUCACUUAAGUUGAGCUUAGGCUGUUCGGUCAUCUGUUUUGUGUGGCUGCCUCUCCUCCACGCACAGGGGAAGCUAGAAAGAGAAAAGCGGUCGGAGGAAGAAUGGCCACCGUCGCCGGAGGAAGUUUUUACCUCCCCACAGUGCCAAAACCACGAAACAGAGACUUGUCAGCAGCGUUACCACCUAAUAAAUUACUGUACCAGUACCACCGCACAAAGCUAUUGCCUUUGUCCUUGAGUUAUUCCAGAAAUCCUAAGCAAGACGAUGAAACGGUUAAGGAAAAUGGGUCUUCUGCUCAUCCUGAUGACGAUGGCGUCUCCCCAACUGUUCAAGAUUCUGGUUCAUUUCUUUCUCAAGGAGGGGGUGGUUGCAAGGGGUGUGGUAGAGAAGUGGCCGAGAGAGGUUGCAACGAGGAAGGAAGGAUUCAAGGAGGGAUAGCAGCAGUUCCCGGAUUUGGUUGGUGGCCAAUAAAGGCAUUCCGCCCUUGCCCUUCAUUUUUGGCUUCUGGCGGAAAGUAUAGGCGAAUUGGACAAAGCAUGGAUGAAGUGGUCUCUGGAAGAGCAGUAACAAGAAAGUAGCUAAAGGAACCGCGAUGUCAUUCAGAACAACUCACUCAGUCUAUGAACUGAACUCAAAUUGCGGAAAGUAUGACAGUUGUAUGAAAUUUUUGAAGUGAAGAUGUGAGAAUGUUAUGG